UCGAUCUUGACGCGGAUCAACAGCCUCCUACUCAGUCGAUGAAGUUUUAUAGUGUGCUGAGCGCCAUCUGGGGUGCACUUGCUGUCGUCCAAGCCCAAGAAACCAAAACAAAUUCGACGGUCAAGUACAUUGACUUUUCGAGUCUGAAGAAAUACACGAGAGCACCCACGACCCAGUCAGAAAUGUCGGGAUCACAGGUUGACCAGACAAUUCAAGUGCCUAUAUCGACGAGACCAGACCCGAGAGCGACAGAAGCUCCUACGCCGACACCAACAUUGUCUCCAACGUCAACUCCAACACCUGCUCCGACCCCGGACCCGGGUCCGUGGAUAACCAUCACCAUCGACCACGACCAAGUAAAGCCGUUUCCACAACCUCAGCCCGUCACAAUCUCUGAAAAGGCUGCAGUCAAGUUCAAACCACAACUCCACAUCACGAAUGGAUGUCAUUCGUAUCCAGCAGUUGAUGAAGCCGGACAGACCAGUGGUGGUCUCAAAACAAAAGGAGCCCCUAGUGCUGGGUGCAAGGGAUCCGGAUGGGGUUCGCAAGUCUACGGUCGAUCUAGUUGGUAUCAGGGAGUUUGGGCCAUCAUGUACUGUUGGUAUUUCCCAAAGGACGAGCCGUCCACCGGAAUUGGCCAUCGCCACGACUGGGAGCACGUCAUCGUGUGGAUCGACAACCCUGAGAUAGCGAACCCGAAGAUCCUAGCUGUCACGCCGUCGGCACACAGUGGAUAUCACAAGUACGCCCCUCCGAAUCCUGAUACCAUCGAUGGUGCCACUACAAAAGUAGCGUACGAGAGUCACUGGCCCAUGGAUCAUGCCCUUGGCUCCACUUCGGAAGCCGGUGACUUCCAAGAUCUGAUUAUGUGGGGUCAGUUGUCAGAGAAUGCCAGCCGUGCGCUGAACGCUGUGUACUGGGGCAAUGCGAAUACACCCAUGAACGAUGGGAACUUUCUACCGAAGCUUGCUAAAGCGUGGCCAUUUUAGUUGAUAUUUAGUACGUGAAGCACUGUAAAAACAUGUUUGUAGUUAACACGUUUCGUGUUUCAUCGAAUAUCUUUUAUUAUACUUAAAAGAA